AUGGCAAGUCUAAUCAUCUCUCCCCCAUUGAUCUCAUCCUCAAAAAGAACCAAACCAGAGUUCAAAACUUCCCAUUCUUCUACCCAUGGUGGUGGGAUGAUCAUAUCAAUGCAGAGACCAUUGGAGGAGAUAUACAGCAUAAGGGUAGAAAAGAACGUGUCAAAAGAGCGAUUAUCAGAGCUUGGGGUGUCAAAAUGGUCAACAUGGAAGACAGGUAAAUGCAAUGUUCCAUGGGAUUGGCAUGUUGACCAACUGGUUUACAUUGAGGAAGGAGAAGUGAGGGUUGUUCCAGAAGGUAGUGAGAGACACAUGAGUUUUGUUGCUGGUGAUUUGGUUAGGUAUCCUAAAUGGUUCGAGGCUGAUCUUUGGUUUAAUGGGUAUUAUCAAGAACGAUAUAGUUUUAGGGCUUAUGGUGAUGAUUAG